AUGUUUACAGCGCUGAACGUGGAAGAAUCAACGUCGGACAACAGCGUACUAGCAACGUCUUCAAAGAAACCGACCGAGGAUCAAUACGAAGUUGAAGUCUCGGACGCAGAUGAUUUCUUCGCCAUGAUGAGCUUUGUGAAGGACAUGAACGACAUUCGUGAUCAUUUGAGGGGCGUUUGGUCAGACUACCAAUGCGGCAAACUCGAUCUCAUGAGCGCAGCUAUCACGACUGACACGGCCUUCAAUAUGAUGAAACGCCAUUCUUAUGAGCUCGAUGAAGCUUAUCCAGGAAGCCGUCACUAUUUGAAAUUCGUCGACUUCCUGGUGGACUACAUGGAUAACCGAGGAGGUUCGACAGACGAAUUUGAAGAGUGGAUCUGCUCGCCCACGUUUGAGAUGCUCCUACUCUUCGCCGAACGUCUCGUCCCCAACAAGGUACCAGCUUUGGAGCUUCGUCAAGGCAGCUAUGACCCCCAGCAAGACAGGACUUUGAUGUCCAGGGACCAGCAGAAGCUCGAAGAUUUGAGAAUGGUCUUCAUUGACAUUCACCACGUCCUCUGGGACGACUCCACCCAUCCAUUCGAGCAAAUGCAAGCGACUGGCAAAAUAGUUGUCGACACUCUUGACUCGUACUUUGCCUUCUCUCGCGGCAGAAGCGUCGAUGUCUGGACACCAGAGCACGAUGAGCUACUCCAGCACCUCCGCACGUUCGCCGAUGCAUGGACUCAGAAAGACAACAUGGCUCCGCUGUUCAGAUCAGAGUACGAGAAGAUGGGAGUCUCUCGUACCCCUUACCUCUUCCUCAAGCGCCAUCCCGUCCUCUGUGGCCUGUUGAUCUACCGAAUGAAUACACAGCUUCAAGAACCCAUCUACCCUGCCCAUCUUUACAACGCAGCUCGUCAUAGUGCCAGUCUCGAAUCAGAUUGGAAAGACAUGGACUACAUCAUCUCUCUUCACUCCCCUCAACGCAUCUUCGUUGGCGCCCCGCCCACUGAGGCAAUCGAAUAUCUGAAGCGUUUUGUGCUCGCCCUUGGCGCGAGCGCCACCAACUUUGCUCGCAAUCGCCGUACAGGCGGUCGUUCCCUAAUCGUGGAGUCCAAGAAAGGGCCGCGUGGCCUCAAGACCACAACGCCUGUGAAAGACGUUUUCCACGACCGCUAUAUGCUCGGCGAGACGGCAAAGCUCAGCACUGCGAAUCUUAUCGCCAUGCUGUCGGUAGCAGCCAAGGCAGAGCGCACGAGCAACCCAUCUACCGAUCUACAAUCUCUUGCUCGAGAGCUGGUAACGCAAAAGCAAUACAGCCCUCUCCAGCUUCUCGAUAUCGUGCGCGAAGGCGUCGCCGGCGAGGAACUUCACCUCAACUUCGACUACUUCGGCCUCCACCAACGCAGCUGGAAAAUGCUUCGCACUCUGCAGGCCCAUCUCCACGCAGAUCUCGUCAAGUACUUUGGAGAAACGUAUAUGGAGGAGGAGUCGCAGCUACCAUACGUCAUUGGAUACCUGUUCGAAGUUGUAUGGGGCUCGGAUCGCAUCAUGGAGGCGUUGAGAAUCGAGGGUGGAAGUCGGAUGCUGCACACUGCGGCAGAGAUUUUGGACAGGUUCCUGCGGGACGAGGAGAAUUCAGCGAAGAGUAUCACUGCCGCGAAGACUUCGUCGAAUGCUGUAAUGACGGGUGCUUCGAUCAGUGCGUGA